AUGUUACCUGUGAUUUCUUUGACGGUCACUGUGAUUCUGCUGGUGCUGUACUAUACGUUAUCUCCUGCAUUCUCUUUCAUCUACAUUGGUGGAAGCCUAGAAAUUCCUAACCUGACCUACACAAGUGACCUAAUGCACCCCAAAUCGCAUACAUUUAUAUUGCAGGCUGAAGCUGUCCAGAAUUGUGCAGAAAGGAACAAGACAUCCCUCUCCAAGCCAAUGCUCUUCUUCAAUCUUAUUUUGUCAUCUUCCUCCAGUGAAGGGAAGAGUGGCCUUCGAGCUUAUUACUGGAGUACAUUUUGGGCCCCACAAGAUAUGGUUCUUUCAAUUCAAAAUCUGUCUUCAACGAAGCAAAAGCAAAUACUCAGUAAACGGGCACCUCCAACUGAUAACAGCACGGCUGAAGUAUAUUCUUUGGAGGAGGAUUUUGAUGUUAUUACCAUGGAGCUCUUUGUUUCAGAUUCUAUGGACUAUGAUGUGACAUUGAAAGCAGCCACUGAUCUAUUUUGGUUUUGUCUACCAGUGGCCUUUGACCUCUAUGCAAAGCCUGGUAAUAAUAGGACCUUAACACUGAUGAAUCCUAAGAGAUCUUUUUAUCAGUGGAGGCUGCGAGUUCCAUCGGACCAUGUUGUGAGACUAGUGGUUGUUCCCUUGCAUGGCGAGACUCCCGGGAGCUGUGCAUCUCACAGGCUAUCCGCGUAUGACUUCCUUCUCCCUCUGCAAAACAAGAUCAUUACAAGAUGGUGUGGGUCGUCUGGGGCCUGGACUUCCCCAGUUAUACGUUUAACUUCAUCGAGUAAUGUCAUGCUGGUCACAUUCUCAUUGGACCGAAGAAAAGAGAGCAAUAUAUUGAAUGCAUAUUUUCAAGCGGUUCCUAAAAUUGUGUGCGGCGGUCGAUACAUCUCUUGGAAUGGGACUAUAAUUUCUCCAUACUACCCAAGUUACUAUCCACCGAAUAUUGACUGCCACUGGAUUAUUAGAGCACCGCUGCCUGGAUAUAGAUUGCUGCUAAAAAUUCUUGUAAUACAAGUUCAGGAACCGUCCCCUGGAUCCAAUAGAUGUGAUAAAGACUGGUUGGAAAUUGAUGGAAUCAGAUAUUGUAAACCUAUUGGGGAAGGCAGCAGGGUCAAGGAAUAUGGCUAUUCAGUGGCCAUCCAUUUCCAUUCAGAUGAACUGGUCACACACAGGGGUUUUUAUAUUGAAUUCAGAGCUUUCAGCCACACAGACCCUUGUCCUAGGCAAUUUAAAUGUUCCGACAAAACAUGUGUCUCUUUAAACAGUAGAUGUGAUGGGUGGAAAGACUGCGCCGAUGGAAGUGAUGAGGUAAACUGUGGCUGUAAUCCCGUGAAGUCUAAUUGUGGCAAUGGGAAGUGUAAACACCAUUCCAGGCCUUGCAAAGGAGAUGGCAGCUGUGAAAGUGAGAGUGAUGAGGAGGAAGACAAUUGCGCCUAUAGAAGUUGUUCACAGCAUGCAUAUAAAUGUCUAAAUGGAAAGUGUCCAAUAAAGCAAAGCCCAGAAUGUGAUGGAAUAAGAGAUUGUGCAGAUGGAUCUGAUGAAAUGAAUUGUGCAUGUGGAAGAAGUCAGGUAAAAAGGCCCAGGAUUGUAGGCGGUGAAGAUGCAAAGUAUGGAAAGUGGCCUUGGCAAGCCAGCUUGCAGCUAAAAACAUAUGGCCAUAUAUGUGGUGCAUCUAUUAUUUCAAAUAGUUGGCUGGUAUCUGCUGCCCAUUGCUUUCAGGACUCUGAUUCUAUAAGAUACUCUAUAGCAUCUGGCUGGACAGCAUAUAUGGGUAUAAAGGUCAUUAACAGAAACCAUGAUAAUCACGUAGCAAUGAGAUCGAUCAAAAGGAUUAUUGUUCACCCACAUUAUGACCAAUAUAUCUCAGACUAUGACAUUGCCCUGUUGGAAAUGGAGUCACCAGUAUUCUUCAAUGAGCUGGUACAGCCCAUAUGUUUACCAAGCAGUCGUAGACUAUUAAUUUAUGGAACUGUCUGCUAUGUAACUGGCUGGGGAGCCGUAAAAGAAAAUAGUGAACUUGCAAAAACACUGCAAGAAGCGAAGGUGAAAAUAAUUGAUCAGAGUGUUUGUAACAAGCUUUAUGACGAUCUGAUUACUUCUCGGAUGCUGUGUGCUGGGAACCUUAAUGGUGGCAUUGACGCAUGUCAGGGUGACUCUGGAGGUCCGUUAGCCUGUUUAGGAAGAGGGAACAGAUGGUACCUUACAGGCAUUGUCAGCUGGGGUGAAGGAUGUGGUCGGCGAAAUCGCCCUGGCGUUUACACCAAGAUCACAACCCUUUAUGACUGGAUCCGUCAAUACACAAAAUGACAGAUGAGUUCUGG